GUGACCAACAUUCAACAUUUCUCUUUUUAUAUUAUAAAUAUUCACAUAUAUACAUAUAUAUCUGUUUAAUACAAAUGAUUUGGGUUUAUCAUCUCGUAUAGCGAGUCUAAUGUACACGUCGAGCUGUUUCUCAGACAGCUGUGUUUUUAAUUUUAUAACGUAUUUGACGGAUAAACUGAUUAAAUGGAUCGAUACAAUGAUAUUAAAAUCCUCUUGAAGAAAUGGGAGCAGUCUUUCUUCCAAACAAACAACAGGAAACCAAACAAGGAUGACAUUGAUAAAGCUCCAGAGGAGACGAGAGAACUCUAUAAGGAAUACAAAUCACUUAAAGUAGCAAAUGAACAACAUGGCACAGUGCAGGAGGCUCACACGACUUCAACAACUGACUCUGGGUGCUGGGGAUCUCACCUAAAUCGAAAGAGUCUUCCAGCUGCUGUUCCGAAACUGACAUCAGACGAUAAAGAGACAUUGAAAGCUUCUGCCCAAUACUUUGGCAUGAAGUUGAAGAACAAUCUUGGGUCUUUGGCAAAGGAAAGGCCAUUUUCUUUGAAGAAAGCGGUGACCCCUCGGAGAACACCAAACAAACCAUUGAAGGACACUCCGGACUCACGCACAACACCAACAAGUAUAGAGACCCACACACCAAAGCCUGCAAACAUGUGCCCAGACCCAACCCUAUCUCCACCUGUGGCCAGUACAGAAUUUAAGGACGAGCCAUUGGCUCCAUUCCCUUCCGUCACACCCGCCAAAUCCUGGUCUCCAGCCUUGGGGUCCGCACACAGGAGUGUGGAGAAACUCCAGUUCCUGAAGCAGUCCAUGACCAAGAGGCUUUCUUCCGUGGAUAAGUGCUGGUUGGCACGCUGCCAGGUCUUCGAAGAGGUGGAGGAACCUCGGAAACCCAUCGCUGGGAAUUCCGAGCCAACAGAAAACGAAAGUGUUUUACAGCCUAGUUUUAUAAACAAAACGGUGUCAAAUGAAGGUCAAACAGGUCUAAAAACGUCAUUGGGUGAAUCACGGAAAGAUCCAGUGAAGUCCCCAGUAGGAGGCGCUGUUGGGCUGGAUAUUGAACCUGGCUCCCCGGGGCCUGAUGGAGAACGGGUAAAUGACAGAAAUGGGGUGGGCCCAAUGGGAGAUGCUGAGAUAGGCUCCGAGGAGGCCAGUGAUGCUCCCCACAACAAGAAACACAAAUCAAAGUUCAAAAAAGGUCAAGAUUCUGCCGAAAUCCCAAAGGCCGAAAGUAAAAAGAAAAACAGUCAAAAAAGACAAAGAAACACUGAGGAUGAGGUGGAUGAAUCUAAUGAGAAGGAUGAAGGUGUAAAAAAAAGGAGGAGAACUAAGAAAGGUGAGGCAGUUGGGGAAGAUCAACCCAAAAAACGAGGGAAGAAGAAAGGAAAAGCUGAGGAGGAAGAGCUGGAGGAUACUACGGAUGAAAAGAAAACCAAGAAACCGGCGAUUGCUCAGGAGAAUCUACUGGGAGAGGUGGAUGAGGAAGAGGUCAGAGCUGCUAAAAAUCGAGUGAGGAACACCGUCAGGGUCAGUUCCAACAAAAACUCGGAUGGAAAUUUUGUGAAAAUCAAUCUGAAAAAGAAGUCUCAUGUCAAAGGAUUUGCUUUAAGAGGUGCCGCAAUGAGAAAACAGAUGUACAUGCAGAAGUUCCAGCUUAAGGGUGAGCGGUUCGGAGGUGGGUUCGGGCGGGGAAGAGGGCGGUUCGGUGGCUUCAAUCGUCAAGGCGACACCUGCUACAAGUGUGGCGGUACAGGUCACUGGUCUCGAGACUGUCGAGGAAGAGCUCCUGCUGUGAGUUCUGCAGAACAACAGGACACCCCAGCAGAAGAGGAGGAGGAGGAGUUUGAUCUGCCCACUCUGGAGGAGGUCGCCCGGGCGACAGGAACUCUGCGGUCAGAGCCGUUUGUAGCACCUCCCCCUGUGGGCGGGGACACAUCUGAGAAGGAGGGGCAGGGGGCGGAGGUACUGCUCAACAUAAUUAGACCCGACUACGAGCGGCCCGCCCCUCCUCCACCCAUGGAGCCACUUUACAACGUAAAGGAUGAUGGGAAAGUUCAAGAUGUGCCUCCAGAGGUGUAUGAAGCUCUGCGGGACUUUGGUUAUAAAUCCUUCAGGCCUGGUCAAGAGACGGCCAUCAUGAGGAUCCUUUCAGGUCUGUCCACACUGGUUGUGCUGUCCACCGGCAUGGGAAAGUCUUUGUGCUACCAGCUUCCUGCAUACCUGUAUGCUCAGAGGUCAAAGUGCAUCACGCUGGUCGUGUCUCCUCUUGUGUCUCUAAUGGACGAUCAGCUCUCUGGACUCCCAUUGAAUCUGAAAGCCGCCUGUAUCCACUCAAACAUGUCUCGGAAACAGAGAGAGACGGCUAUUGAAAAGGUGAAGGCCGGUCUGGUGCAUGUGCUGCUGUUGUCUCCUGAAGCUCUGGUCGGCGGAGGUCACUCGGGGUCAGGUUGCCUCCCUCCUGCAGAUCAGCUCCCCCCGGUGGCCUUCGCCUGUAUUGACGAGGCUCACUGUGUGUCUGAAUGGUCGCACAACUUCAGGCCCUGUUACCUGAGACUCUGCAAGGUGCUCAGAGAUCGGUUGGGUGUGCGUUGUCUCCUGGGUCUCACCGCCACAGCCACUCUGUCCACAGCGCUGGACAUCGCCCGUCACCUGAACAUCAGCGAUCAGGACGGAAUCGCUGUCCGCUCUGCAGCUGUCCCACACAACCUGCAGCUGUCCGUGUCUAUGGACAGAGACAAAGAACAGGCCCUUGUGUCUUUACUGAAGGGAGUACGCUUUGGUGCCCUAGAGUCUGUUAUCGUGUACUGCACCAGACGAGAGGAGACGUCCCGCAUCGCUGCACUGCUGCGCACCUGCCUGCAGGGGGUGAUCUUGAGAGAGUCGAAGAAACCAGUCCUAGAGGAUGAGGAGGAAAACCCUGUGGGGAAGAAGAAGAAAGCUCUGGCCAGGAAGAAGAUCCGUAAGCCGCUGAAGUGGAUUGCGGAAGCUUAUCACGCUGGAAUGUCCGCGUCGGAGAGGCGGCGAGUGCAGAAUAACUUCAUGUGUGGCGAGCUGCGUGUGGUGGUGGCGACCGUGGCUUUUGGAAUGGGGCUGGACAAAUCAGACGUGCGCGGAAUCAUACACUACAACAUGCCCAAGAGUUUCGAGAGCUAUGUGCAGGAGAUCGGCCGAGCGGGACGUGACGGACAUCCAGCACACUGCCACCUGUUUCUAGAUCCAGAGGGUGGAGACCUGCAUGAACUGCGCAGGCACAUCUAUGCAGACACAGUGGAUUAUUAUACAGUGAAGAAACUGGUACAGAAGGUUUUUCCUCCUUGUAAAUGCAGACAGAUUCAGCAGAAGCAGCAGGACUUGGCACAGGCGGUGGAGGUGUCUGACAGUGAGUUAUUGGAGAUGGAAGUUUGUGAGGAGACCGACCCACAUCAGGAUCAACUAACAGACCAACAACCACCACAGACACACACUACACAUGAGCAGAACAAACCAACACCGACGGCUGAAGGGGAGCCAGAGCAGUCCAUUACUGCAGAGAGAGAGGGGGAGAGUGAGAGCGGUCUGAUAAUGAGUGACGUGUGUGUACAGCGCGCAUGUCACACGCAUGAGAGAGCCGUUCCCAUGCAGGAGACUGUGGAAUCUCUCGACAUCACUGAAGAGAGUGUGGAAACUCUGUUGUGUUACCUGGAGCUGCAUCCUCAGCAGUGGGUGGAGCUUCUCCAUCCGACUCUGUCCGUCUGUAAGCUGCAGUGCUACGGUGGACCACAACAACUGCGUAAACUCACUAAACUGUGCCCACCGAUUGCUGUGACGUUGGCACGGAAACGCAUGGCAGGUGAGCGUGUGGAGUCGUGUGACUCUCUGGAGUUUGACGUGGUGGAGUUGGCGGACACCAUGGGCUGGCAGCUUCCUCUGGUGAAGAGAGGCCUAAGACAACUGCAGUGGAGCUCAGACGCAGGCACAGGACGGAGUGGCAUCCACGUGGAGUUCUCGGCUCUGUCCUUCUACUGUUCUUACGGCGACCUGACGGCGGAUGAACUGGAUGCGGUUUGUGCGUUCCUGCACAGCAGGGUGAUGGCACAGGAGAGAACACAGUUAUAUCAGCUCAAAACCGGUUUCAAAGCCUUUCGCAGUGUUGCGUAUCGUAACUGCAGUUUGUGUACGGAUGAUCUGGACGACAGCAGAAGUCAGUCACUGAAGGAACUGCUGCGAGAUUACUUUGAUAAGAGGAGGAGUCUGGACCUGAGUAAACACUAUCAGGAGGAAGAGGACGAUGAGGAGGAAGCUCUCAACAAAUGCAAGAUGAGGGACUGGGAGGAUCAGAUCUGUGCUGAUAUCAGGGGCUUCCUGUGCAGUCGUAGCGAUGAGAAGUUCUCAGGACGAGCUGUAGCCAGAAUAUUCCACGGCAUCGGAAGUCCAUGUUAUCCAGCACAAACCUACGGCCGCGACCGCAGAUACUGGAGAAAAUAUAUUCAGUUUGAUUUCAAUGAGAUCAUACGCUUAGCUACUCAAGAGAUCAUUAGAACAAGAUAACAGACUCAUGACCUGUUCAAAGUGAAACUAGAAUCUGAAUCUAUUUAUCUUUAUUUGUUAACUUUUAAUAUUACCGUAUACACA